AUGCAGAUUUUGACUGCAACACAACAGACCACUGUGGGAUUUGCUGUUUUUACCCGAGCAGCCCACUUCUUCCUCCGCUGUGAGGCUGUAAUUGAGGGAAAGUGUACAAGCGACGUGCUCCCGCAGACUGUUUCCGUCUGAGCGCACAGGGCUCUGUGUAAUAUUCAGAUGAGCCGUUUAUUGAGCCUAUUGCACAUCAGCCGGUGGUCCAGGAUAUACUGUACGCCGAUUGGCCCAGAAACCCUCGAAUGAUCGGCUCGGAAUUUGUACUGAAUGAGUGGGUGAAUGAGUCCGUGAACACACUGGGGGCAAGACAGAGGAUGAAUUUUGGGGAUGUGCACGAUUAAAAAUGGACAGUGAACGCAUCGGGGGCGCAUAUAAGUGAGGCGGUGUGUUAAUGUGAGUGAACGAUAGGGGAAAAAAAACAAACCCGAGCAGAGGAGCAGCCGAAAAUCUGGACACUACCGUCGGCGGGGUGUUAAGCGGAUCAUUUUCACGUCCAGGUGUUAAACUUUGGGGCCGUCUGGAUCUUUCAGUGUGCAGCAGGACCGGUGGAUCCAGGCCAGAGACAGCACUGAGGAUGGGAGGCGGAGGCCAGCUCACGGAGCCAGGGGAGCCGGGCAGCAGGCGAGCUGGUGGCGUUUACACCUGGGAGGAGGUGCAGAGCCACAGCAGCAGGAAUGACCAGUGGCUGGUGAUAGAUCGAAAGGUCUACAACGUCACAAAGUGGGCCAAGAGGCACCCGGGAGGAUUCCGGGUCAUCAACCACUAUGCUGGAGAGGAUGCCACGGAGGCGUUCACUGCUUUUCACCCUGAUUUGAAGUUUGUGCGGAAGUUUCUGAAGCCUCUGCUGAUUGGAGAGCUGGCAGCGACGGAGCCCAGCCAGGACCGAAAUAAAAAUGCGGCGGUCAUUCGGGAUUUCCACACUUUACGCGUGCAGGCGGAGAGCGACGGUCUGUUCCGAGCUCAGCCGCUGUUCUUCUGCCUCCACCUGGGUCACAUCCUGCUGCUGGAGGCCCUCGCCUGGCUCAUCAUCUGGCUGUGGGGAACCAGCUGGACACUGACGUUUCUGAUAUCGAUCAUCCUGGCAACUGCUCAGGCGCAGGCCGGCUGGCUGCAGCACGACUUCGGCCACCUGUCUGUCUUCAAGAAGUCCAGCUGGAAUCACAUUUUGCACAAGUUUGUCAUCGGUCAUUUAAAGGGAGCCUCUGCCAACUGGUGGAAUCAUCGGCAUUUCCAGCAUCACGCUAAACCCAACAUCUUCAGCAAGGACCCUGAUGUCAACAUGUUGCACAUCUUUGUGCUCGGAGACACUCAGCCAGUCGAGUACGGCAUUAAGAAGAUCAAAUAUCUGCCCUAUCAUCACCAGCACCAGUACUUUCUCCUCGUCGGACCGCCGCUCCUCAUUCCAGUUUACUUCCACAUUCAGAUUAUUCGCACCAUGAUUUCCCGUCACGACUGGGUGGAUCUGGCCUGGUCUAUGUCUUACUACCUGCGCUACCUGUGCUGUUACGUUCCCCUGUACGGCCUGUUUGGCUCAGUGGCGCUCAUCAGCUUCGUCAGGUUUUUGGAGAGUCACUGGUUUGUCUGGGUGACUCAGAUGAAUCAUCUGCCAAUGGACAUCGACCACGAGAAGCACCACGACUGGCUGACCAUGCAGCUACAAGCCACCUGCAACAUUGAGAAGUCCGUCUUCAACGACUGGUUCAGCGGACACCUCAACUUUCAAAUCGAGCACCAUUUGUUCCCUACGAUGCCGCGCCACAACUACCACCUGGUGGCCCCGCUGGUCCACGCACUGUGUGAGAAACAUGGGAUCCCUUACCAGGUGAAAACAAUGUGGCAGGGCAUCGUCGACGUUAUCAGGUCACUGAAGAACUCAGGGGACCUCUGGCUCGAUGCUUAUCUCCAUAAAUGAUUUCUUCUCUUUCUGUACCUUGAAGGAGUGAUGAUGUUUUUUUUUCUCAACUUCUGCAUCAUACAUUGAUUGUAUCUGUGUGGUUUUAUAAUCUAGUUGAUAGUGUGGGAAUUAUCUCUUUCUUAUCGUCGGUGUUGUAAUUCACUCUUUUUACAUUCUGUGCAGGACUUUUCUCUACAUUGCCUUACAGUUACCUGAACAGCAGUGGCAUGGUGUUAUAAAUACGAUUAUAAACACUGAUUGUGAGUUAUUUAAAGUGAUUUUUUUUUCUUUAUUUAUCACGUGAUACAGUUUGAACAAUCAAAAAAAUGACAGAUGAAAGAAAAAUCUUGUGUAACCGAGGAUGAUGAUGUAAUGCGCUUAACCCUUUCAUGCAUGGUGUCCAUUUUAAACGUUUAAACUGGAGCAUCGCACCCAAUAAGAAGGCGUCAGAUCCCCCAAAGCCCUGCCCAUGAUUGCGUUUGAUUAUUAUCUUUGUGUCUCUUCGUCGUUUAGAGCUAUGGCAUCAUAAAUUCAAAAUAGUGCAGGUAUAACAACAUGCGACAGAUACCUUGGAAUAACUAUUAAAUCCACUUAUUCUCAGAAAAGUAGUAGUUUUUCAACUAAAUUAGAUGCUUAAAAAUACUUUUUUUCCAGAUUUUCCAGAUUUUUCAUGGGAAUUUGUGUGUGUGAUUGAAAAUACAUUGGUCCACUACACUGAACAUUACACAUUUAAAGAUUUAUUACCUAGACAUAAUUAUGAGAGAAUUAGCAGCAGUAUUAAACUUUCUCAAGAUUUUAUCUAAAUACGAGCUCAUUUGAUCAUUAUUUAGGAUGAAUAAUGUUGCAAUCACACAUUCCCUGGAGUGGAUGGAUGUAUUUUUCCUCACAGAUUGAAAAGAUGUACAGCGUAAAUAUAAUUGAAAUCUGAUGAAAAGUAUUUCGAACGUUUCUUAUUUUGUUUUUUUUAAACAUCCAAAAAUGAGACAAUCAUCGACAGAAUGUAAAGAAAUACGUUUUGACACGACUUCAAAGACUUCUAUGUGUCUGCUGAAGCUAGCAUGCUAACUGUUUACCGUCUAGUUCAUGUCAAUAUGGCUGCUGUGAAAAAAAGGUCUAUACGAACUUGCUAGCUGCAAAGAAAACUGAAUUUAAUAAAUAACGGCAGCUGAAGUUAUACUGAAGCGAUAUACUGCCCUCUAUUUGUUUAGAGUAUGAAUACAACCGGUGGCCAAAUUCUUAACAGUCAUUCCUGGAUAAACGUUUUAUACCUUUGAUACACUGAUUUUUCUGCUGCAGUGGACAUUUACGUAAUUGCUUGAACACAGCACACAGCAUAUUGAAAAAAAGGUUAUUUACAUGAUUUUUCACUUGUUUAAGAGUUAAGAGAAAACAUCAAGAAAAAAAAAACUAUUCAUGCAUGGAAGGGUUCAUUUUUUAUCUGUCAAACUUCUUCUUUACUUGCAACUCUUGUUCUGAUUUUACAGUAUAUAAUAAAGAAUCUGCAUUGA